AUGUCCAACGCUCUGAGGACGUCAGUGCGACGCUUCGCUACCACAGCCGCUCGUGCAGCGACUGCCGAGUCGGUCAAUGCUUAUGGAAUCCGCCUUUCCAAAGCUCAAGGGGUGGUCGACACUCUCACAGGAGGUAUUCCUCACAGACCCUUUCAAGCCAUGAAGUCCAAGACUCACCAGAAUCUAGCCAUCGGGAACACUCCUUUGAUAAGACUACAAAAGCUCUCCGCCGAGACGGGUUGCAACAUCCUGGGUAAAGCCGAGUUCCAAAACCCCGGCGGCAGUGUCAAGGACCGUGCGGCUUUAUAUGUUGUUAAGGACGCAGAAGAGCGAGGUCUGCUGAAGCCUGGGGGCACCGUAGUCGAAGGGACUGCUGGCAACACUGGCAUUGGUCUGGCACACGUCUGCCGAGCAAGAGGGUACAAACUGGUCAUCUACAUGCCAAACACCCAGUCACAAGGCAAGAUCGAUCUUCUGAGACUGCUGGGCGCCGAAGUAUAUCCUGUUCCAGCUGUCGCAUGGGAGAACCCCGAAAACUAUAAUUGGCAAGCAAAAAGACAUGCAGAGAGACUGCUCAAGGAAGAUCCCGAACACGGUGCUGUAUGGACCAAUCAAUUCGACAAUACUGCCAAUCGUCUGGCACACAUUGUCACGACAGGGCCAGAAAUUUGGGCCCAGACCGACGGCAAGAUUGACGCCUUCACCUGUGCGACCGGAACUGGUGGGACCCUUGCUGGUGUGACUCGAUAUCUCAAGGACGUCAGCAAUAAUUCCGUCAAAUGCUUUCUGGCAGAUCCUCCCGGCUCCGUCCUCUAUUCGUACAUCACCUCUGGUGGCCAGCUCAAAGAACGAACGGGCAGCAGCAUCACCGAGGGCAUCGGCCAAGGUCGUGUGACAGACAACCUGAAACAAGAAGUCAAUGAGCUUGACGGCGCACUAAAUAUCUCCGACGAGAAGACUAUUGCCAUGGUAUACCGCUGCCUGGAUGAAGAGGGUUUAUACCUUGGAGCUAGCAGCGCGCUGAACGUCGUCGCCGCGAAAGAGGUCGCGGAGAAGUUGGGACCCAAUCAUACGGUUGUUACUGUCCUGUGCGACGGAGCGUAUAGAUAUGCGGAUCGACUCUUUAGCGACAAGUGGCUCAAAAGCAAGAAUCUGAGAGAAGUGAUACCCCAACAUUUGCAGAAAUACGUGGUGUUGCCAUAG